UGGUCGUAGCGUAUCACGUGCUACUAAUGAUGGCGACUCCGAAGACGGCUUCUUCACAUUAGAGAAGAAAGUUUUUAAUAAAUCAAUCAUGGUGCCAACUAAUAUAGUUUACGAAUAAUUAAAAUAAUUAUAAAGGAUUAUAUAGUCGUAUGAAAUUAGUAAUUGGGUGUUAAUAAAAGUUUUUUAAUUCAGUUGACGUUAUGAGCCGUAGCCAGUCUAUACACCGUGAUCUUUCCCUCAAAUAUGGUUUUCAUCAAGAUUUAUCAGAUGUCAGUAUUCAACAAAGAUUGGAAGACAUUAAAAAACAAUUAAAAGAAGAAAUUCGUAAAGAACUUAAAAUAAAAGAAGGUGCUGAAAAUCUUCGGAAAGUGACCACAGACAAAAAAAGUUUAUCUAAUGUCAAUUCUAUUGUAAAGAAGGCAAACAGCAAAUUACAUGAAUUACAACAAGAACUGCAAGAACUCAAUGCACAUAUUUUGGUUACUCAAGGACAAAGUACAGAUUCAUCAGAUGGAAAUGUUUUAUCACCAGAAAAGGAUGAAGGUGAUAAAGUGGAAGCUCCUUUAUCAGCUGCUGGUCAGAGAUUACAGUUGCUGGAAAAGCAACUUAAUAUUGAGCUUAAGGUUAAGCAGGGUGCAGAAAAUAUGAUUAAUAUGUAUAGUAGUGGUCAUUCUAAAGAUAGAAAACUUUUGGCUGAAGCACAACAAAUGUUAGCAGAUUCUAAAACCAAAAUUGAGUAUAUUCGUCUGAUGAUCAUGAAAGUUAAACAUACAAAAGAUGAUGGUAAUGAAGGAAAUACAGGUGGUUGUGAAAGUAAACUUCCAGAAGUUAUGUCUCCGUUAGAACUUAGGAUAGAAGAAUUGAGACAUCGCUUAAAGGUAGAAUGUGCUGUGGUAGAGGGAGCAAAAAAUGUAAUUAGACUUCUUCAAAGUACAAAAGUUACAGACAGAAAAGCUUUACAAGAGGCUCAAAUAAAUUUGUCUGAAUCAAGCCAAAAAUUGGAUUUAAUUCGAAAAUCACUGGAAAUUUGUCGUCAAGAAUUACCUCCAGGAUCUUCCAAAGCAGAUGUUUUGAAACAUGAAUUAGAAAGCAGCCAGGCUGCUAGUCCAGUUUUAUAUCCGCCCACUAUUCAUCCCUAUGGUGCUAAAGAAACACCUUUGCCUUCAUAUGGUACUUCUCUUUCUAAACCUGCUGCUGUUACAGGAAAACUUGAAGUCAGGUUAAUGGGCUGUCAAGAUUUACUAGAAGAUGUGCCAGGUCGUUUACCACGUAAAGAUCAUGGACCUUACAGUCCAGCUGAUCUUCGAAAUCUGAUGAGAGCCAGUAAAGGUUUAACAGGACGAGGUUCCUCAAAAUCUUACAGCAUUAAAGAAGAAACUUCAAAUGAAAUUAUGGCUUGUUUAAAAUUAGAUAAUGUGACAGUUGGACAAACAACUUGGAAACAAUGCAGCCAACAAGCAUGGGAUCAGCGUUUUAGUAUUGAUCUUGAUCGGUCAAGAGAACUUGAAAUACAGAUUUAUUGGAAAGACUGGCGUUCAAUGUGUGCAGUUAAGUUUUUACGUUUGGAAGAAUUUAUUGAUGACAUUAGGCAUGGCAUGGCUCUAUAUCUUGAACCACAAGGCUUAUUGUUUGCAGAGAUAAAAUUCCUUAAUCCAAUGAUAUCUCGGAAACCAAAACUUCAAAGGCAAAGGAAACUUUUUAAACAUAAAGGAAAAAAUUUUCUUCGCCCUGGACAAAUGAAUAUAAAUGUUGCAACUUGGGGACGACUUAUGAAACGUGCAAUGCCUCAGGCGUGCUCUGAACAACCAACAACAAUUAGUCCUUCAACAGAUUGUAUUAUUUCUCCUAAUAUUCAAAAUAAAAAUGAUGACAGUGUAGUUACAAAACUAAAUUUUGAUUCUCCAAUAAUAACUGAACCAAAUGAAUUAGAUGGAAGUAAUUAUUUAGAAAAAUGCAGUUUAGAUAAAUCAUCUACCAAUUACAAUACAUCAUUAGAAAUGGAUGUAAGAACAGCUUUGGAUGAAUUUGAUUUCUUAAGUAAUGAUGUUAGCAAAGAUUCUUCACUUGAUAAUCUUGUAAUGAGGAAGUCAAUUUCACCGGAACCUGUUAUCGAACAUCCAGAUGAUGAUAUUCUUCCUCCUGAGGAGUAUCAAAAUAGUAAUAUAGAACCAGAAUGCAUGGUGAUUAAAUCAGGAAUGAGUUUAGAAAAUUUUCAGUUUAUUAGUGUCUUAGGGAGAGGACAUUUUGGCAAAGUAAUUUUAAGUAGAUAUAAAAACACUGGUGAGUAUUUUGCAAUUAAAGCUUUGAAGAAAGGAGAUAUAAUUGCUAGAGAUGAAAUAGAAGGUCUUAUGGCUGAAAGGAGGAUAUUUGAAGUGGCAAACUCUAUUCGUCAUCCAUUCUUAGUUAAUUUAUUUGCAUGUUUUCAAACAACAAGUCAUGUGUGUUUUGUAAUGGAAUAUGCAUGUGGUGGAGAUCUUAUGAUGCACAUACAUACAGAUAUUUUUCCAGAACCAAGAGCAGUGUUUUAUGCAGCAUGUGUUGUUUUAGGUUUGCAGUAUUUACAUGAAAAUAAAAUCAUUUAUAGAGAUCUUAAGUUGGAUAAUCUUCUGUUAGAUGCUGAAGGAUAUGUAAAAAUUGCAGAUUUUGGAUUAUGUAAAGAAGGUAUGGGUUAUGGUGAUAGAACAGGAACAUUUUGUGGUACACCUGAAUUCUUAGCACCUGAAGUUCUUACUGAAACAUCUUAUACACGAGCUGUGGAUUGGUGGGGACUAGGAGUUCUUAUAUUUGAAAUGCUAGUUGGAGAAUCACCUUUUCCUGGAGAUGAUGAGGAAGAAGUUUUUGACAGUAUUGUCAAUGAUGAAGUUAGAUAUCCUCGUUUUCUUUCUUUAGAAGCAAUUGCUAUUAUGCGGAGGUUACUUAGGAAAAAUCCUGAUCGCCGUCUUGGUGCAAGUGAGAGAGAUGCAGAUGAUGUUAAAAAGCAAGCUUUUUUCAGGAAUAUCAAUUGGGAAGAUUUAUUAAUGAGGCAAAUAAAACCACCAUUUGUUCCUGUUGUGCGAUCUCUUGAGGAUGUGAGUAAUUUUGAUGAAGAAUUUACUUCAGAAAAUCCUGCUUUAACACCACCUAAAGAUCCAAGAACUUUAACUUCAAAUGAACAAGCUAUGUUUGCUGACUUCACCUAUAUGGCUGAUUGGUGCUAGUAUAUAAUGAGUUACUGAUAAAUUCAUAAACAAUGUGCCUUUGUAGAUAUUAAAAAGUUCUUAACUCAAAAGAAGAUUCUGGUGCUCCGUCCUGUAUGAAUGUUCUUCCUUUGUUAUCAGAAAAAUCAACUAAUGACCCGAUGGACUGAAUGCAGCUUCUGGUGAAUAGUUUUUUGGCAGCAAUAAUUACAGAUAUCUGGUUUGGUUAUUCGGGUUAUUGAAAUGAAAUCCGAACAAAUGUGAACAAACUUUGUGCAGCAACAAUUUGGGGAAUGUCUUUGAUAUAGAUAACAAACUAUUUAGGUUAUUGAGAUUCAGAUAUAGAAACUAGAAUUAAUUCAUUGUAAUAUGCAUAAAUGCAAUCUUCACACACCUCAUUUUUAUUCAUGUGUAUCUUAGUUUUAUUUUUGUGAACUCUUGUUGUUUAUUACUAAUGCCUUUAUUAUUGUUAUUGUUGUUAUUUUCUUAUCAUGAUUUCUGAAGCAUUAUUUUAUGAUCCAAUUGCAACUCAACAGCAUUUUUUUGUGAUCAUUCCUGUUGUAGUGACUUCCACUAGUGUGCCAAAAAUCUGAAAGUAGAUGGACAUUGUUCUUCAGAUUGUUUAAGGCUUAAAUUUUGUCUUUCAGCAGUUUGGUAAUAUUUUAGAGAACGUAUGCAAAUUUACAACGGACAUAUUAUACACAAAAUGGCCAACAAAUUACAAUGAGUCUGUUCUAUUUCAGCUGAAAAUGUGCCUUGACAGUAUACUUUCAAGUUCCACUGAAAUUUGUCUGUUCAGAUCAACAUCGAUGAUCCAUUGUGUGCAUCAAUCCAGUUAUUGAAUUCAUCAGAAUUAUAAGCAUUUAUAGUGUAAUCAUAUGUUAAACUGAUUUUAAGAAUAUCCAUUAUUGUCCUUAGAAAAGGUAUCUACAAAUUUUGACCAUCUUGUUAUGUAGAUAUUAGUACACAUCCAUCUGUAAAGAUGUUUUAUUAUCCUUUUAUACAGUCCAUAUGCAUGUUUCCAAUUCUUACAUUUGGAUCUGUACUAUAAUUGCAUUUUUUCCUCAGUUAACUAUAUUAGAUAAAUUCUAAUCAAAACAGUUUUGUACUAUUGUGUAUAUCUGUAAGUAUAGAAAAGAAAUCUGUUGAACUUUUGCCUGUCAAGUUAAGGUGAUGGCAUCCUUGGUUAGUUAGGGUUUCAGGACAGUAAUUUGUAAGUAUUUUUAUCGUGCUCAUAAUAAAAGGAAUUUGUUUGU